CUUAAAUUAUUUAAAUCUACCAUUAUAUUUCAGUUCUGUAAGUUUCGACGUGAACAGGUAGCUGCUAAACGAAAUAAUGUAUAAAAUUUUUGAUAUGUUUAAGGGGACAUUUCCCCAAGUGAUGGCAGCGUUCUUUGCCACAGUCGGAGCGAUUUCCGAUGGGAUGCAGUUCGGCUGGUCGGCACCGUUCCUUCCUAUAUUGCAAUCGGAGGAUAGUCCAAUUAGAAUAACGGACUCGGACAUCAACUGGCUGGAGUCCGUCUAUAUGAUUGGAGGACUAGCAGGACUGCCAAUCACCAUAUACAUGGUCGAUAAAAUCGGCAGACAGAAAACUGUCCUGUUUGCUUCCUCGUCCAGUUUUACGGCUUGGGUUCUCAUAGGAAUAGCGGAUAAUGUCAACUAUUUGUAUGUAGCUAGGUUUUUAACUGGCUUAGCAGCGGAUGUGGCUUUUGUAGCUGGGCCAAUGUAUGUAGCGGAAAUAGCUGAUCAAAAAAUAAGAGGAUUUCUUGCUGGAGUUAUUUUUCUUAUGAUGUUGGGAGGAUUUUUAAUACUUUAUGGGGUGGCACCGUUUGUUCCAUUUUAUGUCUGUUCUAUUAUAGGUGGGAUUAUUGUCGGAAUUCAGCUUAUUGGCGUGCCCUUUAUGCCUGAUUCGCCCUAUUUCUUGCUGGCUAAAGGAAAUUAUGAAAAGGCUCGUCGACAUUUGCAAAAAUUAAGAGGAUACGAAAAUGUUGAUAAAGAACUUGAUGCCAUAGCCGUAGCCGUCGAGCGCCAAAGGACCGAGAAAGGUGGUCCUCAAGAUCUCUUCCUAUCAAAAAGCAACCGAAAAGCAGUAAUAAUCAUGACAGUACUGAAUAUCGCUCAACAUUUUAGCGGCAUGACUGUGAUUUUGAUGAAUCUGCACUCAAUUUUAACAGCAGCUGGACCGGUAUACGUCAGCUCCAAUGUAGCCGGAAUACUAUUUUCCAGCGUAAUGUUAUUAGCUGGUACUAUCACCGUUUUUACUAUAGACUUACUUGGACGAAGAAUUUUAUUGGCCUUCUCCAGUUUUUUCACUGGAUUGUCCUUAUUGGCCAUAGCAAUUUUUUUCACUUUACAAAAACAUGGCUAUGCAGGACCGGAAGUGGCUUGGAUACCUAUAACAGCUAUUUUGGUGUACGCAGCGGUUUUCAAAAGCGGCCUCGGAAUGAUUCCGAUCGUUAUGACAGCCGAAUUAUUUCCAGCUAAAGUCAAAGCUAUGGGAAUGGCUUUGGCUGAUUUAAUUUAUCUAAUGGCGGGAUUAGCAUCGAUUCAGUUAUAUCAGAAUUUGGCUAGAAUAUACGGUAUUGAUGUACCGUUUUACAUAUUUGCUGUUGCUACAUUAGCAACAGCUGUAUUCUCGCUGACGUUUAUUCCGGAAACUAAAGGCAAGACUUUAGAGGAAAUACAGUAUAUUUUGAAGGGAGAAGAGUUACCCAGUGUUAAUAAAAAUAAUGUAGAAUUGCACAGCAGUCAAAAAAUUGGUUUUCAAAAUCAGGCAUAUUGUUAAUUUUAUUGUUCAUUGUUGAUGUUAUAUGACUUAUUUCAGAACUCCACCUGAAACUAAAGUUUGUUUCGCCAGGGUUUGUACUUGCCACCAGCAUUUGCCUUCCUUGUUUAACAAAUAAAAAUUGACUGAAACAAAUCAAUGACGUCAAAAACGUUCGUCGGUUCUUAACCAGACGUCAUUCAUUUUAAUUUGUCAAAAAAAUUGAAUGUGUCAUAUGAAUUAAUCUACGACAAUCCUUUUUUUUCAAGUUUCAAGGUCAAGUAUGAACCCUGGUGAAACGAACCUUAGGUGAAUGGCACAACGUUUUCAGGCUCAUAUUUUAACAAGUAACUUUCCAGGUGUUACGGCGUCAAUAACCUAUCAUUUUCUUGUUUUAGAGAAAAUUUACAAUUAAAUAAUAGCCAUUUAUAUAAGAAGUACAUAAAAUGAGGCUUCAUUGUACGAAUAAUUUUAAAUAAUGAGGCAAUAAAGCCCCUGUUUAUGUAAGCGUUAUAUACAUGAUUUUAUGAACGAUUGCCACUGGUUUUUAUUAAAAACUGAAAAAAAUGAAUGAGAAAAUUAAAAUUCGAGUAUACCUGUUUCACUUUGGCAGGUUGUCAGGUUGUCAGGAUAAUAAAGUAGCACUUUAUUUUACAGUUAAACAAAGUGCUACUUUAUUGACGCAAAACUGUUCUAUAAAUAGCACUUUAUUGGUUAAUUGGAAAUUUAAAAAAAUUAAAUUCUAAAAUAGAUAACUUAGAUAUAUUUUUUCUUCUGUUUGAGCUUUUUGUCCAUUUUACAAUAAUUAUUGUCACGCAUAAUACAAAUCAAUUACCAAUUAUUACGAAACAGGAAACCAAAUUUCGGUUUGACGACAUCUUACUAUCAGUAUUCCCUCACUUCUCAAAAUUCCAUAAAUCUUGUCAUAAAUACUGCAUAUUUGGCAUGUAUUUUAUGAAUAAAUACUAUGGUAAUAUUAGUUUUCCUUUAGGGCUUAACGCCACAGUUUACCAGGCAGAAAUUUAUGCAAUCCAAGCAUGCGCACAGGAGAUUUCAAGGCUAGGUUAUUAUUCGAAGAUAAAAAUACUUCCAUGCGCUUCUUCAAAAGACACAACCCUGCGUCAACGACAAGUGUGCGCAUUUAUUGACCACAAGGAAGAGAGGUGGAAAAGGCCUCGUCUCGUUGUCGUCGACAUACGAAAAAAGAAACAAUUAAUAGCAGCCAUUUUUGUGAUACGCUAUGUAUUAAAUUUAUUGUUCCUCACAAAACACGUUUAUGUUGUAAAAACUCUUUAUGAUUUAAAUCAUUAUUGUACACCAAAUAAUAACAUGAUAAAAUUUAAAAAAUAAAUACAGUCCACUCCAUUGAGUUUCAAUACUACAACCAUUCACAAUUUUUCAACUCAUCCAUAGCAAGAUUUGAUCCUUCCAACCGGAUGAUGGUUUUUCUGAUGCAGCAUAAAUAAAAGUGAGUCCUUUCAGUCCUUUCCAUAUUGUCAACAUUUUCUUUAAAACUUGCAUCGAUCUCAGCAAGUUCAGUUGCUGUUUUCUAUUUUAUAGUUUGUGUUUCCAAGAGAUUAUUUUUAUUUUCUGUUUUUUUCAACAAAAAAAAAUUGCUUUCACCAUUGUGUAACGAUUUCAGAGUGCAAAUUUUACAAUCUGUUCAUUUUCACGAGCCAUUUUUCAAGUAUUUUUUGCAAGCACUGUGAUUUUUUAACAAAUUGAGGAGCAAAAAAAAACGAUUAAGAUUCUAGACUACUUCUCAACCUUUUUUGCAAUUAUUUUAAUAGGUAUGUUACGGGUGACAAUAAUAGAGGUCGUUACAAAAUAAUUAAAAAAACCAAAGAACCUCCGAA